UGAUGUAAGAAAAUGACUAGCUAAAGGGUACCUAUGUGGCUCACAGGUGAGUGAUGAAUCAUGGGAUCCCAAGAGGGCAUAACAGCCUGAAUUCUAUAUUCAUUUCCUUGUUUUGUUAAGGGCAGGCUGACAAGACUCUGCUUGGCAUCACUGGUUAUAAGAAACCUCUUCUUGUCACUGGGGAGACUUUAGUUUUUCAUUUUGUGGCACAGUGUAUGGUAGAUUCCCCACCCUCCAUCAGUCUUAACAGUUUCGACAGAUUAUUUGGGCAAUUUGUCCUUGACUUUGAAGUCAGCUAUUCUGGGGAAGAAAGAUUGAUAAUGGCAGCUAUGAGAUGGUUGUCUGAAGGUGAUGAAUCCAGAAACAGACAAGCUGGUCCUUGUUCUGCUGAGCUUGAAGAAGAGGAAGCAAGAAGGGAGGUGAUGAAUGAAGACAUACGAAUCCAUACAUGGCCUUGUUCAUAUUACAUCAACUCUGAAAAAAGAUGGGUUUCUGGCAAACUCUCUCUGACUCCCAUUUCAGUCCGAUUUACAGCUGACAAAUCUGGAGAGCUCCUGGCAAGCUUCCAUCUUUCCAGUAUCAGUGAGAUCAAGAAGGAAUCAUCACACUUCAUCUUCAGCUCCCUCACUAUUUUGGAGAAUAGCACUAAGCACUGGUUCAGUUCCCUUCAGCCCAACCGAAAUGUGGUCUUCAAUGUCCUUGAGCACUUUUGGAGGGAGCAGCUGCUCUCCACUGAGGGGGCUGGAGCUCAGGCUGUUUGUCCUCAGACAUCCAAGGGGAAGGAGUUGACCGGCUUGUUGAUGUCUUCUGAGAAACGCCUAGGAGACACUGCGAAGGUGCUUGAGCACCAGGGCGAACAGUUUGACAACAUCAUGAAGGGGCUAAACAAGAUUGAAUCAGAGAUGGAUGUAGCAGACAGGUUAUUAUCAGAACUUGAAUCACCAUCUUGGUGGCCUUUUGGUAGCAAACUGUUGAAGGGGCCAUCGGACGGGGCAAAAUCAAAGGAAGUUCCCACAGCUUCUGAAACUGGAAACAAGGAUGGUGUACUAUUAAGGAUCCCAGUAAUUAUCACUGAAAGGACAGACUCCAAUGUCAAACCAGGCAAACUUUCCCUCUUGGCUUCUGGACUAGAGAUCAGUGACUCUAAUUCUCAGCUCCUUCACUGGUUUGACAAGAAGGAUGUUGACGAUGUCAAAGUUCAUACGCCGUAUGAAAUUAGUGUCCGUCAGAGGUUCAUCGGGAAGCCAGACAUCAGCUAUCGGCUGUUGUCUGCAAAGAUGCCAGAAGCCAUUCCCAUCCUAGAAAUGCAGUUCAGCAAGAAAAUACAGUUCAUGGAGGAUGCUUUGGGGUUUGUUAGGGCAAGAAGGAGUCAUCAGGAAGAAGUUGGCACGUCCAUCUGGCAAGCAGCAACAGGACUAAUAGGAAGCAUGGUGAACACUGGAUCAACACCUUCCUCAUCUCGGGGAGCAGGAGGUAGCCAACAGGCCCAAAUGCAGAAGCAAGAGCAGGUUGUCUCAGAGGCUGAUGCUCAGGAAAUGAAACAGAUUCUUCGGCGGCUCAAGAGCCUGGCUUUGGAAACAGAGACAGAACUGGAAAGGCAAGAUGAAGCCCUCGAUGGCAUCACCUCUUCCGCAGAUCGAGCCACGAUGAACAUCGACAAGCAGAACCGGAGGAUGAAGAAACUGACAUAGCACCCAGGAAGAAGGUGAUGACAGCUGCGCAGGCAGUGAUUGUAGCUGGAGACACAAGACAUAUGGUCUCUCAUGCUGUUUGCAUCAGCUGACAUAAAGCUCUUAAGAAAAGCUUAUGACAGCAAGGAGAGAAUUCUGAACGCUAAAGGUGAUUUCUUCAAGAGACUUUUUUUCUCAGUUAAGGGAAAAGUCUGUUAAAUGAUGUUGGGUGGAAGCUCAUCGUCUGUGCCGCUGAUGGGGACAGUAGUCUGGCUCCCAGCUGAUUUCAGAAUGCUACAUUGCUUUUUUGUGGGGGACCUUUUUGUAAGAAGAGUGUGUGUCGUGAUACAAGGAAAACACUAAAGUGCAGUGGUGUGUUGGAAAGCACUUCCUGGAAAUGAAGAUCCCUCCUGUAAUAGACUUGUUGUAUGACUGACUUAAUGCUCAGUAGUUUAAACAGCUUUUUAGUCCAUUGUGUCUUCAUGGAUUCAGCCAUAAAGUGAAUGAGUGGCAUGUUCUAGCCUUAACAGUGUAAUCAUUGAAUCAAUAUAAAUAUGACAAUCCUAAGAACAUAGGAAGAGCCAGGCAGGAUUGGGCCCCAAAUCCAUCUGGUCUGGAGUGUUGCUUCCAAUGAAGACCAUUUGCCUGCUUCUGGGAAGUUUGUUUCUAUCUGUUUUGAGCCUCUGAACAUGAGGACCCUAUUUAGCAGAGCUUGGAAAAGUUACUGUUUUGUACUGUUUUGUACUAUGAUUCCCAAUGCUCAGCCAACCAGCCUGUCCACUGCCCAUGCUGCCUGAAGAACUGUGGAAGUGACAGUCUAAAAGUAGCAUUUUUUCCAAGCUCUGCUAAUAUCUACUGGGAGACCAUCAUCCAUCAGUUUGUCUUAACCCCCCAUUUCAUGCCUUACAACUUGGUAGCAGUCACCUGUUGACUUAGCUGGAUUGGGCUUUUAGUUCCUGCCAGUAACCUGGAAGUGAAAUCAUACAUUUCUACUGCUUUUUGAAAGUAGUUGUUACAGAUGCACCAAGUCAAUCUGUGCUUCUUUGAAAGCCAGCUUUAGAUAUACUGUUUUAACUUCUUGGUUCUAUUACGUUAAAUCUUAUUUGUCUAAAAAAAAAAAAAGAUUUUAACUGAUACAUACAUUGCCAAAAAUUGCUUUGUAGAGGUAGUUUAGGUGAGAUGCAACAAAGCAUCUAGUAACAAGCCUUUCUUUUUUUGGUUCUUUUGGUCUCUGUGGUGUUGACCAUAGUGGUUCAGUACUCUUGUUCUGUGUUUAUCCUAGCAUGGCCAUACAUCUUGUCAAAAAUGUGACUUAUUUUAAGUGUUAAAUGUUGAAUUUGUAGAUUUAGAAGGAUUAGCUCUAGAAGCACUAGACUUAAUGAAACAUUGGGAAGCAAAAUUUUACCAUCCUCUCUUUUCUAGGAUUGACUUGAGUGAUUUCUUUGGCACCAGAAUUUGAGUUCAGGUGCAGCUGGAAGUUCAAUUAGGACAGCCUCAGUUUUGGCAUGUCACCUUGAAAAUUUUGGUAGAUGCACUGAGCUUCAUUACAGAUCUGUUUUGGUUUAGUAUCAAUCUAAUGCAUGCAGUCUGCUUCUUGCAGUGGUAAAUCAAAUUGCAUGAGGGCCAGCAGUGCUGUGUUACAUUUCUGUGAGGUUUGAUUUUCUGCUCAGAGCUUCCCUCUUUGUGGGGUAGAGGCAGCAAAAGAAAUCCACAUUACAUUCCACAUUUUUCAUGAUAGCUGAUGUUAUACCUCUCCAAACUCUUCAAUAUUUUUAUAAUGAAAGGCAUUCCUUUAUUACACAGUCCCCUAGGGACAUGGUGGGAAAGCCCCAAAAUGCCCUCGGAGUGUGUGGGAGACACCACAUUCCCUCUUGCCCACUAAGUUAGGCUCAGAAGAGACCAUUAAAAAAAAUGAACAGGAAGUGUAUUCUGCAGAUUUCCUGUUGUCAACAAAAGCCUCUCCUAAAAUGGCACAGAAAGACCCCCCCCCCCUCCUGAGUGUGUUUGGGAGCAUUUUUUAAAAAAUUAUAUAUUUUUAUAUAUUUAAUUAUUAUCUGUUUUGCAAGAGCAGGUGUGUUGGGAGGUGCAGCCGUUCAAGAUCUCCUGGAAGGCUAACACAGCCACCUGUCCUUCCACAGCUACCAUUCCUGCCAUGAAGAUUGGCCCUACUGUUUGGUAGAAUGAGGCACCUGUAUCAGGGGACAGAUGAUGGGGCCAAUUAGCAUGGCAAGGUGUUGCUGUAUGGUUCACAAAUAUGUGAACCAUAUAGCAGCCUGCCCCUCACCCCUAUGCUUGCAUUUUGCUUUCAGAUGUAGUGGAAAGAGCUUCACUGCUAUUGGCUGAAGAUUCAGUGGCCAGAUUGGCUGACUUUUGUACGUGGAACAAAAGAGCCUGCUGUACUGUACUUGCUUCACACUACAGACAGUCAAGGGUCAGUGAAGAUGCCAACCCAGAUAACAGCAACAAGGUUCCUGUUGGCCAAAAAAAAUCCUUUCCCUCUUCCUUUGAACGUAAUGGAGGGGAAGGAGGCAGAAUGCCCCAGUGCCUAGUCAGGUGGGCCUCACCUGGAAUAUUGUGUCCAAUUCUGGGCACCAACAAUCCCAAAAGGAUGUUGAGAAACUGGAGCGUCUCCAGAGGAGGUCCACCAAAAUGGUGAAGGAUCUGGAAACCAU